CCGCGCCGCCUCCUGCUCUCCCCUCUCGUGCGCCUCUCUCCUCCCACCUACAUCGCCAAUGGCGCCACCCCUCCUCUCCUCUGCGCCGCCGCCGCUGUCGCUAGUCCUCCUUCCCUUGCACGGCGCCCGCACGGCCUUGCUAUGCCGCUGCCGCUCGCCCUAGCCGCCACAGUCUCCUCCCGGGUCCCCGCUUCGUCCCUCUUCUCUGAGAUCCGGACGCCGUCGUCGCCCAUCCUCUCAUCCCCGCCCUGCCCCAUGCCGCACUUCUCCUCCCUGCUUCGCCCCACCCCGCCCGCUGAGCAGAUGCUGCCGCUUGUGCCGCUGCUCCACCGAGGAGCGCGUGGACUACGACGCUCGUAUCUCCCACGCCGGCGCUUCCCCGCCGAGCUCGCGUGUUACGUCGUCGGGGAGGGGAAGCUGGCCUUGCUCUUCCUGGAGGAGCGCGUAAUCGAUGGGAGGAGGCCGGGCGGGGCGACGGGAGGAGGUCAGGUAGAGCACCAUCGCCACCGGUUGGCGCGUCGACGGGAGGAGGCAAGGCGGUGCGCGCCGUUGCCACCAGCUGCGCCCUGCUCGGCCAAGGAGCGCCAGCCACAGGCGCUCGAUGCAGCGCUCCCUCGUCACUCCCCCUUUUGCGUCCGAUCUGCAGGUCAUUUUGGGCUCGGACGUUGUUGUCCGCUAGCUUGGCCUGCAAGAUGCUCCCCUAAUCUGAGUUCAAGGUACACCAAUGAUACAAAACACCUGAACGAAAAAAGUUCUUCCAUUUGCAGCGAAGCUUCUGUAGAUAUUAUCUCUAUUUCUAUGUGUGGACCCUGUUGUUUUGAAGCAAAUUUCACCAUUAAUUUUUACAUUGUUACCAUUAUUAGAUGGUUGUUCGUGACACAAUUGAUCUAAAACAGUUGCUGUAAUUGGAAGAAUUAGUUUCUUCUAUUGAAAUUUAUGAUACAGUUGAGUGUGAAGACUUGUUGAUGCAUCGCUAUGUGAUACCAAAGUUGUUAUCUCAGAAGAUUGUUUUAUCAACACGUCAUUCACUACAGCUACAAC